GAUCAUGGGUUCUUCUUCUAGAAAUCUUUAUGCAUGAAUUGGAGAAGGUCAAUCAACUUCUAGGCCACCACUCUUUGAUGGCACCAACUAUUCCUAUUGGAAGGAACGGAUGAGAAUCUAUAUCCGUUCCACCAACUUCCAAUUAUGGUUGGUCAUCAAAAACGGAGAGGAAAUCCCAAUGAAGAAAGUAGGAGAAACCACGGUCCCAAAGACCGAGGACGAAUUUGAUGCCGAGGACAUCAAGAAGAUUGAGAAUUAUGCAAAGGCCAUUAAUAUGAUAUAUUGUGCGGUCAACCCCGAUGACUACCGAAAGAUCUCCUGCUGCACAACCGCCAAGGAGAUGUGGGAUAAACUUGAGGUGACGUACGAAGGAACGGACCAAGUACGUGAAGCCAAGAUUGACUUCCUCACCCAAGAGUAUGAGAUGUUUAGAAUGAAGGAGCACGAAAAUAUCAACGACAUGUUCGACCGAUUCUCCAAGAUAGUCAACGAUCUUCAUGCAUUGAAGAAGACUUACACCGACAGGGAUCUUGUGUGAAAGAUCCUACGGAGCUUGACAUCUGAAUGGCGAUCCAAGGCUGAUGCCAUCUAUGAGUCAAUCGGCACAUCAAAUGUCACCAUCGACGGUCUAAGAGGUAAUAUAAAAACUUAUGAAUCUACUAUUCUUAACCCGUCUUUGAAUGACCAAAAGAAAGGGAUAGCAUUAAA